UACCUCUCUCAUGGACACUCACGUUUUUUAGGGGAAGACCUGCAUGUCAACAUGAUCAAAGAGUUCACAUGAGUGGUGGCCUGCGGGUUACUGAUUACUGUAGAAUGGAUGUUAGAGUUUCAGCCAAUCAACAUCCAGGAUCCAAACUACCUGGGCUAUAAUGCCUCUUUAAGAUAAAGGUUUGCUCUUCAACCAAAGUCCUGUCAGUGAAAUCCUCUGCUGCUCUAACACAUCUCUCCAUCUCCUCGUGGGACCUCUGCUGCUGCACUGGUCUCCUGGUUCACUCUACAUUUACCUGUGUCAACUGCAGAGGUCAUCAUGAGUGUUGAAACUAAAGCCCCCCGGGAGCCUUGCUGCUCCAAACUGAAGCUGUUCCUGGUUUCCCUGCCCUUUGUGUACUUCGCAAAAGCCUUCGGGGGAAGCUACAUGAAGAGUUCUAUCAGAGAAACGCUUCGACAUCCCAAGCUCACUCAUAGGAGUCAUUGAUGGCAGCUUUGAGAUUGGUAACCUGCUGGUGAUAGCAUUUGUGAGUUAGUUUGGGGCGAAGCUCCACAGGCCCAGACUGAUAGGGAUUGGCUGUCUCAUCAUGGCUGCUGGGACCUUCCUCACUGCUCUGCCACACUUCUUCCAGGGACAGUAUGUAUAUGAAACAACCCUGUCACAUAUUCCUGAGGAAAACACUACAGAAAGUAUUCUGCCUUGUCUGGCCAACACCAGUCAUCUGGUCAUAAAUGAUCAGUCUACAGUUGCGAGUAAAGCAGCGUGUUUACAGACUGUUGGCAUCCUGGGGCCUGUAUUUGGCUUCAUGUUUGGCUUCUUCUGUGCCAAGAUCUAUGUGGACAUUGGCUCUGUGGAUUUAGAGAGCAUCUCCAUCAACCACAAGGACUCUCGCUGGGUGGGGGCCUGGUGGUUAGGCUUCCUGGUAUCUGGCUUCCUGAUGCUCCUGGCUGGGAUUCCAUUUUGGUUCCUCCCCAACACUCUGGCUAAGCAGUGCAAGAGCCCCAGCAAAAAGAAACAGAAGGAGGACAUACAGGCGAAGAACUCCUCUGACACCCCAGAGGAGGAGCAGGAGCAGGGCAGUUUCCUACCAGAGGACAAUACUGAGGAGGAUGCACCACAGCCUGUCACCAUGGCUGCCAUGGCUAAAGGUUCGAUAAACCUGCCUGCGGUGGCAGUUGGGGUCAUCGUGGGAGGCUUGGUGAUGAAGCGUUUCAAGCUGAGCGUUCUGGGAGCAGCCCGACUCUCCAUCAUCUCCUCCUUCCUCUCCUUCUGCCUCCUGCUCAUCCAGUACUUCCUACAGUGUGACAACUCAGAGGUGGCUGGCCUCACCAUGACCUAUCAAGGGGCUACAGAGGUGUCUUACCAACAGGAGAGCUUGCUGUCUCAGUGUAACAUGGGCCGCUCCUGUUCCCUGAAACACUGGGACCCUGUGUGUGCCAGAAAUGGCAUCACCUAUGCCUCCCCCUGUCUUGCUGGCUGCCAGACCUCCACGGGCAUAGGCAAGGAGAUGGAGUUCCAUAACUGCACAUGUAUGCAGGAGCUGAAGGUGGGGCUGAUGGCUCCACCAACCAACAUGUCCGCCAUCUUGGGCCAGUGCCCCAGGAAGAGUGACUGUGACAGGAUGUUUAAGUUCUACAUGGCUGUCUCUGUCCUGGGGGCCUUCGUCUCUGCCUGCGGGGGCACAUCUGGAUACAUCGUCCUGCUCAGAUCUAUACACCCCGAUUUAAAAUCACUGGCUCUUGGGAUGCAUACAUUGAUAGACAGAACUCUGGGUGGAAUCCCUCCCCCUAUCUACUUUGGAGCUUUGGUUGACAGGACGUGUCUGAAGUGGGGAUUAAAGCGAUGUGGGGGUCAAGGAGCAUGCAGACUCUACGACUCAUAUGCAUUCAGAAUAACGUUCCUGGGUCUGGUCUAUUGUCUAUACGGCCUGGCCAACAUGCUGUGGGUGGUGCUGUACCUGCAACUGUCCAAGCGGCAGAAGAAGUUGGAACUGCGAAGCCAGGCCAAGGCUACAGCCCUGGAGGCCAAUGGGAACAACAAUCCCAAUGCAAUGGUCAGCAUCUUUAAGAACAAAGAUGACCUGGACAGGGACAGUGAGAGCACCAUCUAAGAUACCAAAGAGAUUUCCAAAACAAAUGGUUUUUUGAUCCUGUAUUGUGCCAUGCCCAUGAUCCACCUGAAGUGUUUUGGGGUAUUUGGUGACUUGUCAAAUGAACAAGUACAUUUUUUUGCCACAACUCGGUACAGUCUUAAGCCAAGACCCAGUACAUUGGUAGGAAUUGGUCGCUAUUUGUGAAACUGAUUUUGCUGCUAGAUCUCUUCGACCAAAGCCCUGAUAUAUUUACCAUCCUCUCAAUGUUAUUAAUGCAGUAUUCAAUAUAUGAGAUCCCAAUGAUGUAUUCCUCCCAUAUGAGUUCAUUAUGAAUAGUUUGCCAUCCACAGGCCGCACCUAUUACUUGUCUCUACAUACUAUAAACAAAAAACCUCUUACAAGUUCUUUCCAAACUUGAUUUCUGUCCUAUUUCCAUUUCCAUGUGAAGCAACGUAAUAACAUGAAACUAUACGUGACAUCAACAAUGUGAGCACAUGUGAAAACAUGAUCUCAUGUUAAAUAAAUGUGACAACAAGGGGA